CAUGUAGAAAUGGCACUAAAAUGAGUACUCCAAGUUACUUGUGAGAUGAAAACUCAGCCGCCAUCAAUCACCAAGUCAUUCUUUCAAAAUAAAAUAUAAAAAAAAUUCACCCACUCGCCGUUAUUUCUAUAUUCCAAAAUGGUUUCUUUUGGUCACCUUUUUAAUCAUUAUUUAUUACUUGAAACAAAAAUACUAAUUGUUCAUAUACAAUGCUACUAAUAUUGACCAAGAAAGAUUCAGAAAAGCAUCCGUUGAAUAUGGCUAUUUUACUCCAUAAAAACAAGUUAAAUGAAUUGUCAUCAACCUUUGUACCAACCAUAUGCUUCUUCUCCAUCAAAAUAACCUCUAACAUUGCUAGAACCACAUCAACAAUGGUUCUCUUCAACCAAAGUUCAUACCUUCUCCCAGCACAAACUUUCAAGGAUUUUCUCAUCAAAAUUGCUUUCUUCAUGUUGCUUCUAACAAAAGGCAAUUCAGUUUUCUUCAACUUCAGCUCAUUUGAGCCAAACAUGCCUGACAUAUUCUUCCAAGGUGAAGCCUUCGCAAAUGGUGUUCUGCAGCUCACAAGGAACGAUGCUAUUGCCUCUCUUGAGAGCAGUGUUGGCCGAGCCUCAUAUGCCAAGCCAAUCCAGCUUUGGGAUGCCAAAACUGGAAGGCUCACAGACUUCAUCACCCAUUUCUCCUUCACCAUCCAGGCACUCAACGAAACAUUGUAUGGAGAUGGCAUGUCCUUCUUCAUUGCACCCUUCGAUUCUGAAAUUCCCCAGAAUUCAUCGGGUGGACGCCUCGCGCUCUUCAGUCCUCAAACUUCUUUCAACAAGUCUGCCAACAGUAUUGUUGCGGUUGAGUUUGAUAGUUUUCAAGAUGAAUGGGAUCCGAGCUCUGAUCAUGUUGGAAUCAAUGUCAAUUCCAUUGUUUCAGAUGCAAAUGUCACAUGGAGUAGUAGUAUCAAAGAUGGAAGACAAGCAAAUGCUUGGGUGAGCUAUGACUCAGCUUCUCACAAUUUGAGUGUCUUUCUUACAUAUGCUAAUAAUCCCAUCUUCAGUGGGAACUCUAGUCUUUCACAUAAAGUGGAUUUGAGCAAAAUCUUGCCUGAAAAAGUUCGGGUUGGCUUCUCUGCAGCCACUGGCCAAUGGGUUGAAUUACAUAAUGUUCGCUCUUGGUCUUUUAACUCUACUUUGGAGGCUACAGAUGAGAAUGGAGGAAGCAGUGCUGGACUCAUAAUUGGUUUAGUUGUAGGUUUUGCUGUAUUGGGUUGUGGUUUACUACUACUUUGGUUCAUCUUUCGGAGGAGAAGGGCAGCUAAGGAAAUGGAAGUGGAGGAAUAUGAUGAGUCUAUUGAUGGUGAAUUUGGAGAAACUGGGCCAAAGAGGUAUACUUACCGUGAACUAAGCCUUGCAACAAACAACUUUUCUGAAGAAGGGAAGCUUGGACAGGGAGGAUUUGGAGGUGUGUAUAAAGGUUUGUUAAGUGAAUCAAAUACAGAAGUGGCAGUUAAGAGGGUAUCCAAAGGAUCACAGCAAGGCAAAAAGGAGUAUGUUUCCGAGGUAAAAAUCAUCAGUCGUUUGAGGCAUAGGAAUUUGGUUCAACUCAUUGGUUGGUGUCACACACAAGGCGAGUUCCUUCUUGUCUAUGAAUAUUUGCCUAAUGGAAGCCUUGAUCACCAUCUCUUUGGAGGGAAACCAACACUAACAUGGAUAGUAAGAUAUAGAAUAGCUCUUGGAUUGGCAUCUUCCCUGCUGUAUCUUCACGAAGAAUGGGAACAGUGUGUGGUGCAUAGAGAUAUCAAGUCGAGCAAUGUAAUGUUAGAUUCAAACUUCAACACCAAGCUAGGAGAUUUCGGUCUGGCCCGGCUUGCAGACCACGAAUUCGGUUUACAAACAACUGUUGUGGCAGGCACCAUGGGCUAUAUGGCUCCAGAGUGUAUCACUACUGGAAAAGCUAGCAAAGAGUCCGAUGUCUACAGCUUUGGUGUGGUUGCCCUUGAAAUCUGUUGUGGAAGAAGACCAGUUGAACGAAACACAGAACCGAGCAAAGUGAGUCUUGUGGAAUGGGUGUGGGAGUUGUAUGGAAAAGGGCAAGUUCUUGAAGCUGCUGACAAGAGAUUAUGUAUGGAAUUCAAUGAGAGGCAGAUGGAGAGCUUGAUGGUAGCUGGGUUAUGGUGUUGUCAUCCUGAUCCUUCUUUCAGGCCUUCUAUCAAACAAGUGGUCAACAUUCUGAAUUUCGAAUCUCCACUGCCUAAUCUCCCACCAAAGUUACCUAGACCUAUGUAUUUUGCUCCUUCAAUGAACAUAUAUUCUACUACCUCUUAUACAACAUCUGACACUACAAGUUCAACAAGGGAUCAAUUCCAGUAUACAUCAUCAGGUAGUUACCUCACAGAUUCAUCUACAUCUCCUGGUCUUUCUAGACCUAUACAAACUAUCUCAGAAAGUUGAAUUUUAGUAUGCCUCAUUUUUGUAAUUUUUAUUUUGUUAGUUAUUUUUUUAUUUUUUUUCACUGUAAAUUGUGCUUGACAUCCUAUUCUGAAACGCUACUUCAUGAAAAAUCAUCAAAUGAAAAAUAUUUUGCAAAACAAUAUUGAAAAA